ACUUGAGAACCCGAGUCACACGAGCCUCAACACCUUUGCUCGGAGAUACCGCACUCCAAGACUUCUCACGAAGGAACAAGAAACUUCCUUCGAGUUUACAACAAGGGAACAAACUCCCUUAAAGUACAAAACUGGAAGGGGAAGAUAUAGUAGAGAUGGCAAAGGGCAUAACGAAGAACACUCCCAGGAAGAAAAAGAAGGAAGUGCUAGCGGGAUGGGCCACAACGUGCUACUAUAUAUGGAGGGCUAGGAAUUGGAAAAGGCAUGAUAAAGAGAUUCAAGUUAAGGAGAUAGUUAGAACCAUUAAAUAUCAUUGUUCUGUAUCCUUUAGUAGUUUUAAGGCCUCCACGUGUCUGAUAUUGAUUAACCGAUCCAUACCCAAAUUCACCGCCACCAUCCAAAUGGAAAGAAUCCAUUUCUUCUGGGAAAUCUUCUUCCCUAUGCAGCUUUGAAAUGACAAAGGAAAUGAGUUCUACAACGAAAUAUUCUUACCGAUGCUUCCAACUCUUUUUCCCGGGCUUGAAAUCUCUAUUCCGCAUAUACUCUUCACCAAAGGAAAUGAGUUCACAGUGAACGAGAGUCUCGCCUAAAUGUUCUUCUGAAUUCCUGAACGGUUCAAGAUCUAGGUUUGUUUCCAAAAUUCGUAAGCAAUUUCUAUUCACUUUUGGGGUUUUCGGCAUGUCAAUUUCUCCAAUAAUUCGUAGCCAAUUACGCAGCCCUUCUUCCCAAAGGUAAGUAUCUGAUUUCUUUUUCCCCAAACAGAUUGCUUCUUCGUUUAAAAUUGAUUUUCUCCUUCACGGUACUCCCCUUCUUCAGCCGAUUCCAGAAAAAAUUCAAAAUUGGAUCUUUUUAUUUUAUGCUUUAACGAUUGGGUCUCUAUUUUUCGCUUCUUCAUCUCUAUUUUAUGCUAUUAAUUAGUGCUUAAUUUGGUUAGGAUAUUGAUUGUUUGUAUAAAUUGUUUAUUCCAACCUCCAUUUAUUUCAGGCGAAAAAAUUAUAGUUCUUUGUUUAUCAAUCAAUACCAAUUCAAAGUUGGAUCUUCUUAUAUUCUACUCCCUCCGUCCUAAAACUUUCUUCCCGUUGCGCAAAACGGAAAAAUUCCAAGUUUUUUCAAUCUAUUUUAUUUAAAUUUUGGUAUAGAAAUAAAAAAUAAAACAUACAUAUUUAAAAAAACUACAUCAAAAGUUCAACAAAACAAGUGGUGACAAGAAUAUUUUAUUUUAUCAUAUAGGCCAUGAAAAAACACAAAUAAAUAUAAAUUCCCGUGAAGUUGGAAUAGUGCUCUGGGAAGAAAGUUUAGGACGGAGGGAGUACUUUAGAUACUUUAGAUACUGGGCCUCUGUUUUUUUGCUUCUUCAUAUCUAUUUUACGCUAUUAACUAGCGCUAUGUUUGGUUAGGCUACUGAUUGUACAAAUUGUUGUUUAUUCUUGUAAGUUCGUGGGGCGCAGGGAAAAUCACCAAUUGAAAGCUAUGCAAACAAAUCAACCAACUAUGUUGUAGAGAAGAUACUGCAACACUGUCACAGUAACAGAUGACAGACAGUGUGCUAUAACACUUCUCUGUUACAAGCACACACAGAAUCAGAUAAUGCAAUGGGUGUUACAGCGCCUACUGGGCAGAAUGCUGUAACUAUAUUACGCAAAAAAAUAACACCAGAUAUGUUUACGCAGUUCGGAGAAACUCUCCUAAUCUGUGGGGCCCACGUCCGUGUAAUAGCCCUCCACUAAAUCACUAGAUGCAAGUUACACCAGUACAUAACAACAUGAUGAGACACACUUCUCCGAAUUGUUAUGACAAAACUUCUAAUCUAGGAUUUCUAACCCGUACCCUGUACAGAUCUGCUACGGCUAUGACAUCUCCACCGAGAUCACGAGGACAAACGUGUUGGCAGCCCACUCGUUAAGCUCUAUUUCAUCUUCUGGAUGUCACGAUCAGUUUGGCGUUGAAAAUGUCCUCCUUCAUGUAGAUCGCAACCUUCUUCACGCAUGGGAAGCUCCGGGACGCGACGGGAACACUCUACAUCAGCGUAUAUUCUUUGUUUUCCCUCUCGAUCGCUCCACAUAAUUCCCAUAGACCUGCUGCGUUUUUAUACGCUUCUCUUAACACAAUCCUAGUAGGAAUAGGAUAGUAGAAGUUGGCUUGAACUCUAUUUCCUUAAUCUUGAUCCACAAGUAGCCUAAAGAGUUGGGAUUCCUUAGCAUGUACAACUGGAGUUAUUAUCAUGUAAUCACAAUCCCAAUAGGUCUCUAAUUCAGAUUGUAUCUUAAAAUCUCGUGCUCAGACCUCUGAUCCCGAACAGUGUGUUGCAGCAUCGUGUUGUAGCAUCUUCUGUGUCAACCUCGAAAACUGCAGCAGCUCUAGAAGUCUAAAUAAAAUAAACCUCUCCUAACAAAUAGAGGUUUCUACCUAGUAAAAUACCUAACAAAUAUGGGAUUCUAUU